GGUCUCAUGGUCAGUACGCUCACCAGGUCAUUGGUUCACUAUGGCAACCAAAAUUUCAUGGAGAGCCGCUCCGGGCUCAAUUCUGGAGCCGACAAAAGCCAUGGCACGAGCUCGCGCUGGACAAGUUGCCCGUGUACUAUCGACCUCUCCUCUCCGAAUGGUCGCAAUGCCACAAGAUGCUCAUAAUAUGAGAAAAGCUCCGAGAGAGCCAAUUGGAACUCUUAAGGCGCCAGUUGUCAACCCAACAGCCAAAUAUCAAAGCAAGGCAGACAAUCUCCAUCGAUACGGCACCUGGCUAAUGGGAUGUCUCCCAAAAUAUGUUCAGCAGUUUUCCGUUUGGAAAGACGAGCUCACCAUCUACAUUUCUCCAGCUGGCGUCAUCCCCGUGUUUUCCUUCCUCAAGUAUAAUACUGCUGCAGAGUUUACCCAGGUUAGCAGCGUCACCGGGUGCGACUACCCGACACGCAGCAAGCGCUUCGAGGUCGUUUACAACUUACUAUCCGUUCGAUAUAACUCUCGCAUCCGAGUGAAAACCUACGCGGACGAAUCAUCGCCUGUUCCGAGUAUCACAAGCUUAUUUGGAGGCGCCAAUUGGUAUGAGCGUGAAGUAUACGAUCUAUAUGGCGUCUUCUUUACGGGCCACCCUGAUCUCCGGCGUAUCAUGACGGAUUAUGGAUUUGAAGGCCAUCCAUUGCGGAAAGACUUCCCGCUCACGGGAUACACGGAAAUUCGCUAUGAUGAGGAAAAGAAGCGAAUCGUCACCGAGCCCCUGGAGCUUACACAGGCAUUCCGAAACUUCGAAGGCGGAUCCAGCGCUUGGGAGCAAGUCGGCCAAGGCGAAGACUUCAAGCCUGAGUCCUUCAAACUGCCCGUGCCCAAACCAGAGGAGAAGAAGCAAUAGAUACUUUGCCCCGAGCACAGUUGAAGCAGGCACUGUAUCACUAUUAGACGUUAAAAACACAAUUCCUUAUCUCUUCUUAAUUCUGUGAUCCGGUCUUUUGUUAUGCAAUUGUCAAAUCCUAAUUCUAUCUUUGUAGACUAGGCUAUUCUAAGGCUGCUCGAAGUAUUGAGAAUGCUAUUGCGAUGAUGAAUGCUUCAGAAUCUUGCCAUCAUACCUCUAUAAAAAGGAUAAAAGGCUAUGAAUUAAAUCUUGUUCCACGCCUAGCCACUUGUAGAUAUUUCAACAUACAGGUAGGUAAAACGGGCAAUCGAUGACAUGUUAAGGCUGUUCCGCAAUUGUUAGCCACUCAAUCCAAAGAUGCCAUACCCAUAAUCGAAUAUGAAGUUCAGCCUCAAUGCUUCUAAUAAUAACAACUAUAGGUCAUUCAACAUCUAUACCUACCAAAUACGGCCACAAUAUUGCAUCACGGCUUCGCGUACCCUUCCCAUGAGUUCCCUGUACAGGAGGAACAUGACGCAUGCCAGGCUCCAAAAACGCCACUGUAUACUAGAUUUCCGCCGAAAAAAAAAAGAAGAAAAGAGGGAGAAAUCAUGAAAACUUAAAAUCUGCACGCCAUCUUGACCACCGAACAUGCUCGUUGCGUUAAAAUAAGGAUAAUAUUUCGUGAGAUUGAACAUAUAGCCAACCUUGCUGAAGUGCAUCACCAGAUGCCAUCUUGGCCGCCAUGGCGAUCUGAUGCGUCAAUAUGAUCGUGAUAGUAGUCUUUCAUUUCUUG